UACCGUAAUGUUUGCCAGGUGUCAUUAAAGACCGCAAUAAGAGGAAGAAGAAGAUAGUUCACUCGUAUCUACUUCCGCGUUGGUCUAAAGGCAGUACAUAUUUACCUUUCACUUGAAAUUUGCGUUACUAAAAGAUUUGCAAUAUAAUUAAUUACAACAGUUAACUUUUUAAAAGCUUGUUAAAGGCCUCCCCCUGGUCUAACGUAGUUCAUAUUAAGCCGUCACAUUGCUGGGGGAAGUACAGUUAACUGUCCGUUUCCAGUCAAAGAUCUGAUACAUUAAUAAAACUGUGGCGCGGCAACUACUUCUAUUUUCUUCACCACGAUCAACUACUGAAAAAUGUCUGGUAAUCCUGCUGUGGUUAUGCGGCUGGUGGCGUCCGCCUAUUCAGUGGCUGAAAAGGCCGGGGCCAUAGUAAGGAAGGUGCUUCAUAGUGGAGAUCUUGGCAUUGUUGAAAAGACAGGAGCCAACGAUCUGCAGACGCUCGCGGACCGACUUGCACAGAAAAGCAUCUGUGCUUCACUGUCCAGACGUUUCCCCAAGGUCACCAUCAUUGGAGAGGAGGAUCUUCCAUGUGAGGAGGUCCAGGAGGAUAUGAUUGAGAAUGGCCAGGCAGAGGAAAUCCUCCAGAAGAUUUGUCCUAAAGAGUAUGAAGCACUAAAAGAAGAAGAGCUAGUUGUUUGGGUUGAUCCCCUUGAUGGCACCAAAGAAUACACUGAAGCCUCAAGUUGUCUCCAUCUGCAAGUUGUUGACCAGGAACUACACAAAGAGUUGGACAAGACUCACAGCACAGCUAUCCGGCUCCUGGACAAUGUGACAGUUCUCAUUGGCAUUGCAUAUGGAGGCAGAGCAAUUGCAGGCGUCAUCAACCAGCCAUUCUACAAUUACCAGCUUGGAUCAGGAGCUGCUUUAGGGAGAACAAUAUGGGGAGUUCUCGGAUUGGGCGCCUUCGGGUUCCAGCUGCAGGAAGGUCCAGCUGAUAAGCGAAUUGUCACCACCACCCGUUCCCAUAGCAACAAGACGGUAACAGACUGCGUGAACGCCAUGGAACCUCACGACGUUAUAAGAGUCGGGGGUGCUGGAAACAAGAUAAUCCAGCUUAUUGAAGGGAAAGCAUCUGCUUAUGUGUUUGCCAGUCCAGGCUGCAAGAAAUGGGAUACAUGUGGUCCUGAGGCAAUCCUACAUGCCGUCGGAGGAAAACUGACUGACAUGUUUGGGAAUCUUUACCAUUAUAAUGCAGACGUAAAGCACAUGAAUUCUGCUGGGGUUCUUGCUACACUACGCAACCAUGAUUACUACGUCAGCAGAGUGCCACAGUCUGUGCUGCGAGCACUGAAGUCAGAUUGAGUUCAGUCAUGAUGUGCCUCUGGGGUGGAGAUGGUCUUGGUCUUUCUUUGUGUUUUUAAUUGCUAUGACACUGUUUAGUUCUUGUUAUUGUUGCAAUAAUCUCAUUCUUUUUGACAAAUAUCAUUAUUUAAAUCAUAUAUUAAUUGUUAUUAACAAUUCAGCACACUAUAUAGUCUCACCAGUAAAAGCUACCCAUCUAACCAAUCUGGCCUUAUGUGAAAAAGUAGCUGGUUCCAACAGCUGGUGGAACAGUUAUAGCAAGAACUUCCGUCAUAUGUUUGCAGUAAUUUGGCAAUUUAUCUUUUAUAUUGUGGUGAAGAAAUUUUGGCCCGAUAAUUUUUGGAAGAUAGAUGAAUUCAUGACUCCAUCAAUUACACUGAGUCGUACAAGUACUGAAGAAGCAAAACGGCCCCAGAUCAUCACACUGACAUCACCGUGUUUGACUAUUGAUAUUUUCUGAAGUGCUUUUUGUUUUAAGCCGGACAUGACGGGACACAAACCAAAACAUUAAAACCAAAAUGUUCUUUUUUUUCCACGUCUUUCCUCACAAUAUUUUUGCAAAAGUUUCUUGGGGCAUUGUGAUAUUUUUUGAUCAAUGUGAAAUGGAUCUUAGUAUUUUAGAUUUAAGACUCUCCCAUACAGCCCGUUUUUGUUCAGUCUCUAUUUUUUUUGGACAAGUGUGGCUUAGGGGGCUUUAGGUGUUGUUGUUCUGGGUUGGAUGAACAGUUGUUGGAGUAAUCUUUGUAGGCUCACCACUGCUGUGGACAUUCAACAGUAUUCAAUGUUUUCUCCAUUUGUUGAUAAUUCCUUUCACUCUGGUUCACUGGACUUUCCUUGCCUUUGUAACCUGCUCUAGCCUGAUUGAUGUCAGGGACUUUGUUCUACACAUCCUCUUGAAUAUCUGUAGAUCACGGCAUGUUGUAUUGCUUUUUGAGAUUUUUCAGUCUUUCAUUUUAGAGAAAUAGUUUUCUCUAAAAGUGAUUUUUUGAUUUUACAGGUCUGGCAAUAAUCAGACCUGCAAAAUCUAAUUACUGCUGGUGAAUUUUACCACCGAAAAAAAAAAAAUGCUUUUUUUCCCUCAACAUAAUUUCAAUGGAAUCUUAGCUGGACAUAGAGACGAUACAUACUGACUUAACCCCUGUGACUGAAACUUUUUUUGCUCUAAUGGCAUCAUUGUCUGAAAGAAAUAUAUUUUUGUAAUAUGUUUUUGCUGUAUUUGGUUGCAGAAAACAUUCACCAUCUGCUGCUUUCCAAAUAAAUUAUAGGAACUGGACCAACAUGUAGAGGAAAAAGGUUCAAAGUUAAAAUAUUAACAUACUUAAUGAUUUGAAUCUAACAUUUUAAUAAACAGCAAAGUUAUAAAAGGUGUCAAAAUUAACUUCUUAAAACUUGCAAAUAUUUGAUUGUUGCCUUUUUUGUAAAUAUGAAUCCAAAGUUUUUGUGAGAAUUUAUCAGUUUAUGAGCCUUUUAUGACACCUGUUUAAAAUAGACAAAUACCUGUUUACAUUUAGGAAUAUAUUUUGUAUUUUAAUCUGGUAAAAACCAUUAGAUAUAGGAAGGUAAAACUACUAAAUAUAGUUAGUCAAUUUUCUAACAAAUUCACACACAUUUUUUUUCCUCUUAUUUGUCAUAAAUGCCAAAUAAAAAAGAGAUUUUAA